CAGCUGGCGAUUGGAGGAGGGGCACCCGCUUCUCUCCCUCCGAUCAAGUUAGUUUGUUACGAACGACGGUUAUUUCGGUACGAAAUGGAGGUUGUACUCGCUAUUACAAGGAACAAAUAGUUAUGUUAACAAAUAACGUACGGCGAGAUCGAGGAGAUGAACGUGUGUGACAACCUGGGCGACCACCUGGUCGGCAACGUGUACAUCAAGUUCCGCCGAGAGGAAGACGCCGAGAAGGCGGUGGAGGACCUGAAGAACCGCUGGUUCGGCGGCCGGCCCAUCCACGCCGAGCUCAGUCCCGUCACAGACUUCCGAGAGGCCUGCUGCCGGCAGUACGAAGUCGGCGAGUGCACCCGCUCGGGCUUCUGCAACUUCAUGCACCUGAAGCCGAUCUCGCGUGAGCUGCGGAAGGAGCUGUACGGUCGGCGCGGCCCGGCCUAUGUGGGCGGCGGCCGGCGCAGGUCGCGCUCUCGGGACCGCGACUUUGGUCGGGGCGGCCGCGGGUCCGGCAGAGGCGGGUAUGGCGGCGGCGGCGGAGGCCGGUACCGGAGGUCCCGCUCGCGCGACCGCCGCCGGUCGCGCAGCCGUGAGCGUCGCGACCGCUCUCGUGAGCGCGAGGGUCGCGCCGGUCGCUACUGAGUGACCGAACAACGAUGGAGGAGAGACGUGAGCCGCACUGGCGUUGCCGAACAUCAGAGCGUAUCUGCUGGGUAACGCACCACCGAGCACAACACCCGGUGAUCGUCAGUGGAUUUCGAAAAUCCAAGAUAUAAAAGGUCACCCCGAAAACCGGACCUAAACCGAUCGGGCGUUCAUGCGGUUACCAGAUUGACGAUCGUCAGACGCGUUUUGAUGUUUGGUCUACCGAGUGCGGCGUGAACGUUUGACUUGUGGAGGAGGCAGUGGAUGCUAACAUCGGUGGUUUCAUCGGUGGAUUCGGGACGGCGCUGGGGUCGGUCCGCGGGCCACCGGUCUGGCGUGUGUGAGCGCUCUGUGGGUGCCUGUGUGUUGACUGUCGACCUCUGAGUGUUUCCGUUCCGGCUCGGACGCGCUAUAGACUGUCCGGCCGCUCGUUCAACUGUGUACCGUCUUUGGGGCAACUGGGAACUGUGACCGACCUCGGCAGAGCGGGUGCGACCGCCACCACAGAAUCAUUGUCACACUUUCGGCCUGUGGAUAUGCGUCAAUAAAUUACACAUCAUUUUCACUAA